AUGGCUGAAGGCCCACAAAUACAGCAGCAGCUACAGCAUGAACCAUCGCAUGAGCCACAAGAAUGGAUAGAUUUACGAAGUGUAGUCGCAGACACUAUUACAAGAUCCUAUGUCAAUUUAGGACAAACUAAUCGUCAAGAGUUUAGUAAGCUGUAUGCUACCGUACAGUUCGCUAAAGAUGCGGAAAUUAUGAGAAAAUGCCAGGAAUAUCACAAAUCCUUGCAAGGAGAAAAAGUAUACAAAGAUAAGCUUGUACAUGAUUGGGGUUUUUACGCGAGCUGGAUUCAUAAUUCAAAUGCAAAGAACCCCGAUCUUCACACAGCUAUAGAUGUACUUACAAGUGGUACCUAUCAAAGAUUUCCUACUGUCAUAAAGCAAAAAUUAGUCAGAGAGCGUCUGACCGAUGAACAAGUCAAAGAGACUCUGGAAAAACAAAAUUAUGAACUGCAAAUGUGGUUGUCGUUAUAUGAAGUAGUGCCUCCUGCUUUUGCAAAUCAUAAAGUCUACGAUGGCCGUGUUAUGUUUCGUGUUGAAAAUGAGUUUGAGAUUUCUUUAACACGUUGUUUCUACAAACAAAGAACCCCACAACAAAAACUCAAAGAACAACAAGAAAAAGAGCGCAAAAUACAACAAGAGGUGGAAUUCAAACGAAGACUCGACGAUCCUGAAGAUCUUACGGCACAAUCUGAUUUUCAGGCGUAUCUACAGGAAAAGAAAAAAGACCCGCGCAAAGUGCCGGUGAUAAAUGAUAAAUGGGAGGUGGUGGAUCUCAAGUUCUAUGUGCAUAGUAAACCGGACAAAUGGCUUGCACAGACUCCGAUGGGAUUAGGCCAAAAAUUUUUAGACUGGGCCAUACUUCGCUCAAAUCAGAUUUUAACCCCAACAACACCGUUAAAAGAAAUACCAGAGAAAAUACCAAAAAACAAAGCAAAAGAAGCACAGUCGUAUCUGCCUAAUUAUAUGCGAAGGCAAGACACAAAACCGGCUGAAUGGUGGGAGAAAGCGUCGACUGCGCCGUUUUUGCCACUUGUCACUUUGCAUGAUUUUUUGCAUGAAACGUGUCUUGUGCAUCAACUUCAUGUUAUGAAGACGCAGCUUAUACAUCUACAGGCAGGAAGAUGGAUAAAUAAUAUACAGAUGGAAUUUGACGAGACAAACCCUAGUUCUAUUAAAAUAUACUAUUGGCGAUGGAAGCAUUUUGCUAUGAAAGGCGACAGAAGCGUAAAAGGGAUAAACUCUGCUAUUCAAAAUGAGAAGAAAGCACUCGAGACCUAUAAAAAGUUUCACGAAAAGGGAAGAGCACCACAAAUUCAAGAUCCGCCUCAACCAUCAACUUCAGACUGGAUCGAAAUUACUAUGAUAGACGAUUACUCUGAAGAAUCGUGUAUAAAUUUUCAUAAAAACAGAUUAUCUAAAACGAACUACGCGAUGGAAACUUCACGAAUCAAAUUUGGCGGCGUCAGGAAUCAUCAAGGGCUCGUUUACCCGACUCGACGAUUCCAAGUGAAGUGGAGUGGAUUUCCUAAAUCCAAGGAAAAAAACUCGACACGAAUCAUUCCAUGGAAAUUUGAUUCAACAAAUAUCAACAUCGAGUAUUUACUACUUCAUGUUAUCAGAACCCACGCAGACCUAGUAAUCCGCAAAUUCAAGGAAAUUGUCACCGAUAUGCUUAACCGGGGUAAUUCGUUUCUGGAAGAAAGUGACAUCGAAAUCACCCAUGGUCGUGAUGGUUGUGUAUCCUAUAAUUACUCUGCAUUUCGGUUCCCUGACUAUAAUCAAGAUAUCGACUACAAUGCGAAAAAAUAUUGGAUGACGCCUGUUAUGCGUGUUCGUAUGACUAGUGAUAAAUGGAUCGAUGUAAGUGUGGAUCUUCGUCACGGCAAAAUCGUGUUUGAGCGAAAUCAUAAAGGAUUUCAUAAUGUCAUAUUGAAGUCCUGUAAUACAGAUAUCACCGAUACGCCUGAUACCAUUGUUGCUAUGUUGUGUCAGCUAAAAAAUGAGACCUUGAUGGAAGAAGUCAUUGCAUGGGCUAAACAGUUGGGAUUGCCUAUCGAUGAAGAGUUGCAUCUACGUAGAGGAGACAUGCAACGUUUCUCGAGUGAUACGAGAUUCUUCAAGUUCUUUAGAUUUAUCCCGUAUCCCGACUACUACCUUGUGGCUGGAACAAUUAAUUGUAAAUUGCAUUAUUGGCUGAUUUCUAUAAAGGAAUUUGAGCGAGAACCUUUGACCUACAUAAUGGAUUACCUAGCGAUUAGGCCAAAGCGUACAAUCGCAGACAUAACUCCAUUAAAUUUGGAUAAUUGGAGAUCAACGUUCAAUUAUUCAGAAGAAGAUGAGGAAACCCAUGAGAAUCUUGAAAUGAGGCCACGGAAAAAAAGGAGGUUAGAUAAAUUACAAGAGUUAAAAAAUGCUUCGGAGGAUAGAUGUGAAGAAAAUCUUAAUGCUUUGGCCAAAGCAGUUGCUCUUUGUCGUGCGCACAUAGCACACCUAAAAUUAGUGCCUCAACUAGCUUCGCAUAAACUAUCGUACAGCAUACCCACUGAUGACGAUAUGUCCACUGUCAACGAUCACCGGCACACCACUUUCUACCUCACAAAUUCCGUCCCAGUGUUGAAACUUAACAAAAAAGAGCUGUUGGCUCGCGUCCCGAAUGCCAAUGACAACUCGUUAAUAAUUUUCGAUGAUAUUUGUAUGCGAACGGUCGGGUGGUUGCUGCAUAACUCUUUGGCUUGUUCACUUGUUGUGAAAAUACGUAUAAAACUUGAUAUAUUGCCGAGUAUUAACAGACAUCUGUUUUCUGAUCACGCUAAUUUCGAUCCAGUCACUUCAGUCUUAUCUCUACGAUACGAAAAUUUAGGAACAUGCAUCAAAGAUUUCCUCAAAGACUGGCAUGACAUUGUCAUGAUAUCAAUAUUGGCUCUUCAAGUACAUUCAAAUACUCUUCGCGGGAACGAAGAGAUUCUGUUAAAAUCAUUUAACUUCAAGUCACUUGUAUUCGUGUAUGCAAAGGUGAGUUUGGAGUUUUUGAAUAAUCAUAAUAGUCAAGGAGGCAAGAACCCUCAUCAACGUAUAAAAGACCAUUUACAAAAGACGUUCAAUUUCCAAUGUGAUAUAAAUACUCUUUUAACGACAUUGAAUCGCACGAUAAAUACUCUGUGCGUGUUAGAAGAACUUGAAAAUAAACAAGGAUUAGUGGGAGCUCCGCAUAUCCGCAUUAUUCCCAAAUCAGAAACUUUAAUCAGGGUGAUUUGGGUUGCUGGUUUACGAUCACGACCAAAUCGUAGAAGAGUUGCAACAAGCAACAGGCCUGCAUCAACCAAUAAUAUGGGAAUCAACCUCGAGAUUCUCGAUGAUGGUCGAAUAUAUGUGUCAGACGCCACAGUCACACUAACAAAAUGGGAAAAAAAUCGUCUGCAUAAACAUGGAAAUUUGGUUCCUAUUCCUGUAAUUAUACCUCAAGAGUUGUCACAAUUGAUCAGUAACAGUGAAGAAUCUGUGAAAAGAACUGUUAUUGAGUUCGAAAAUGGAUUUAUUGCGGAUCAUCAUUUGGUUGCAAAGUUUUUGCCAGUGUUAAAUAGUAGGAUUCAGCAACAGCAACAAUAA